GUGGGGAAAGAGUAACUAGGAAGUUUGGAUGCAAGAUAACAAACCAGCGUUCCAUUGCUGCCGCAAGUGACUUGGAACCAAUGCUGCGACAGACACUUGCCGUGAGAUGGUUGCGUCUUGUUUUGUCAGUGGCAGAUAUCUAUACGAGGAACAACGGAUGGAAGGUAUGCACCAACGUGGCAGGCGGGAGCUGGGAAAUAUAGUUUCCCGUUGCAGUUGUAACCUGAGAUCCCAAUGACCCCAGUUCUAUGUUUACCCGUGACUUGUUCCUGAUGAUAAUGCAGAAGCAAUUGGUGUCGACGUGUGCAUGCUCAUUGCUGUGCUGCAUGUUGGACAUGAUCUAAUAAUGGCGUUUAUCGGAUGCGUAUUACAUAGGUGGUGAAAUUAACAUCGUGUGGUGAUAUAUUGUGCAAAUGGUAAUUAUUGCACUUUCUAUCAAAUUCGCAAAGAACUCUCUGGAAAAUAUAGAGCAAAGCUGAAGCGAUUAUCGGAUUACCCCUACAGUACCUGGAGUAAGUGGCGACAGUUCUUGUUGUAGGAACUAUGCUAAGAGUUGACACACUCUUCUGGACAUUUUGAUUCUAUUGGAAAACAUUAAUUAGCCAAGGCUCUAAGCACACCAUAGUAUGAACCCAGAACCCAUACCAUUAUCAGAAGAACAGAUUGCUGAAUUUAAAGAGGCGUUUUCUCUGUUCGACAAAGACGGGGAUGGCACUAUAUCCCACAAGGAGCUAGGUGUUGUGAUGCGGUCACUGGGCCAGAAUCCUACGGAGGAGGAGUUGCAGGAGAUGAUCAAUGAGGUGGACGCUGAUGGUAAUGGCACCAUCGACUUUGAGGAAUUUCUCCAAAUGAUGGCAAAGAAGAUGAAAGAGACAGAUAAUGAUGAGGAGUUACGGGAGGCAUUCCGUGUGUUCGAUCGAGAUGGAAAUGGUUACAUCAGCGCCGCUGAGUUGCGGCAUGUUAUGACAAAUCUAGGAGAGAAGUUAACCGAUGAAGAGGUAGAUGAAAUGAUUAAAGAGGCUGACGUUGACGGCGAUGGAAUUAUCAGCUACGACGAUUUCAUGACCUUCGCCAACCAGCUAUUGUUUUCAUAUGGGCCGUUUUGAUGUCGGAAAACAAGGUUUAACAUAGCCCAAGUUCCUUUAUGGACUGAUACUGUGCCCAAGUCCUCGAUGACGAUAUUCCAGUGUGCAUCUCAAAGAGACAAGGAGGCCAAGAAUACAGUAGAGUCAUACGACCCAUAUGCAAAAAGAAGUCCAUGCCCGAGAUAGUGUGAGAAAAGACCUCUCUGGCACCACGAUGUCUGGGAUAUCAUUUACGUUGGGAUAUGUGCCAGUCAGUCGUUCUCCUGCGGCAGUCACUGCAGGCCACCAUCCCCAGCCUGCAGCUGUGCCCCCUUCCAUGUUGUACUCCGCUCACUAUCACCCGGAGUCUUUGCUUAGGUGCACACAGUAGGUUGUUGUUAACAUAUCGUCUCACAAUGAACAGGGUGAUGUGUGCGCCAUGUAUGUGGGGCAACAGUGUGUGAGGUAACACCAUACAUAGACGGUUGGUGUUGACACUGUCAUGUGAACUAUACCUGACGUUGUCAUUGCGCCCACGUCAGUUGCACUUCAUACAGUGUGAUCGAAUACGUGCAUGUAUUAAAAAAGUGUUUGAUUUCUAAAAGACAACGUACAUGAUGAGGCCCCGAUCGGUCCACUUGGUGUGCAUAUAAGAAAUAAUGAACGUUUCCAGAUCGAGUUAGUUAUAGAUGUGUUCAAAUGAAUGUGAAUUAGACUUUCCACCACUUCCAUGUUUUAGCCUCUAGGUAAGACUAAAAUGCGCUCUAAAGGUUAGAUUUAAAGGAUUUAGAGGAUUUGAUGAAGCCAGUUUAUUUGUAUAUGAGCAGGCCUUUGACACAAGUAGUGAUACGAUGUUGUAAAGCCAGUACACAAACAUAUAGUGAAAAGCCUUCUCAGAUCCCCGUGAGGAGUUUGGGUGGUACUGGCUCCCAGUGGACAAUGCUGGUGGAAAGAUGCGACCAAAUUGGAUCGAGUGGUCAGGCUCGGCGCCUUGGCUUAUUGCGUGUCAUCGGAUUCUGGCUGCUUGGAUUAUUGCUGAUUUUGGCCCGGUCCUGACUUAAUCAUUAAUUGUUCUAGGCUGUGAUAUAGCUGGAAUGAUGCUGUCUCCGUCGUUCAACAACAUGCACUCAAUUCACAAUUGCAUAUCGUCAAAUCAACAUUUUCAACAUUUAUAUUUAUACAUUUGAUUCUGUCAGAAAUUUGCAAGUGAGAGAGAAAAAAGUUGAGUUGCUAUUCACAUAAAAAAAUUCGUAACUUUAAAAUUGGACUUUUUCAGUCACAAGGCAAAAGGCGUUAUUUAGCACACCACGGUCUUAGUCAGAGGACCCGUUGUGAUAAACCACAACUGUCACAAACGUUUAAGGUCAAUUGUAAGAAACGUGUUCAGAAUAUUGGAACAUAGUUUUUUUCAACGUUCUCAGAAUAUUCGUCACUGAUAACUGGUAUCAAUUAUGUUCAAUUUCAUGUACUCAUCUGUCAAUAUUCCAAAAUUUAUUAAUUAUAUGUACAGCGAUUUAAUCUACUCACUCUAAGAUACUUUAAGACAUAUUUAUAUACCUAUGAUAUCAGGCGGGGGCACGGGUGACCCAGUCGCCUAGGGCGACGCAGUACGCUUUGCAGAACUGCGUCCCUAAGUGUGCCAAACAUCUGUGGUAGCAGGUUCGAUUCGUGAUUCGGCAUGAUUAUGUUUGUAUGUUUGUCAGCACCUUACCCAUGUCCGUGGGUUCCAUUAAAGUGGUAAACGUCUAUGACCUGCAUCUAUUCGGGCUUUCCACCCACAUCUAAUAAAAUGACACACCGUGAUAAAACUCACUAGAUGAUAUAGCAGGACAAUACCCUGUAUUGUUUAUAAUCGUCAGUGAUCAUAAUUAGUAACACACUGUAAUUGCAGGAUACGUGUUCAUUACGAAUUAAUCGCACACUUAACAAUGUUGUGCUUCGCAAAGACAGACAAAUACUUAAAAGAAAGUAUUCAAACUCGUUUCCAUAAAAUAGAAACAAAAUAAGCAAUGGCGAGAACGUAACAGUAUCAAGAUUUAUAUUAGUAUUUUUACAUGAGUAAAACUGUGUACGCGAAUAAGAAUGUUUGUUACCUGAGAUAUUUUUUAUAUUACCAUUCUUUUUUGUAUAUAACAAUAAUCACCUACGCCGUUGCCAAAUAUUCCAAAAGCAGAAUCUCAUUCCAGGACAGUGACACAAUGAUCUUUCUGAUACAGUGAACGCAGUUAUCACAAUGGUACAGAUUAACUUUGAAAAUCACCAAUAGGUAACGUCCUAUCUCAAUUUUUUAAUUACAGACAUAAACGCAAUUCAAAUACUUACUUUGCGCACUUUAACUAAGUCACUGCGUCGGGUGAUAUUAUAAUAUCGUCCAAUUGUUAGUUUAUAUCAUCGAAAGGACUGACAAAGUAAACAUUUGGGAAUUUCGCUGCCUAAAGCAGAAUACUAUUCGUUAUUCAUUGCCUGUAUGUAGAUUCUAAAAUGUAUUAUUUACCGACUUAUGACGUAACAUUGAGAUUAUUGCUAUGGCAGUAAUGGUUUUGUGGUCCCCUGAUAAUCUCUUGUUUUGGAAUAGUUAUGUUUAUGGAAUAGUUAUGUUUAACACAGGAAUACUAAGAGAGUCAGAUUUAUUACGCUGGUUAGGUUUCAACAUUGAAAACAUCCUUUGGGAAUUUCAACAUUAUAUGUGUAGAAGAUUAGGUUUUGGCGAAUGACGAAAGAAACCAUAACUGAUAUUGUCAGGAAAACGUCUGUCAAUGAUUGUCCUAGAAACCUUUUUGAACCAGAAUAUGAACUCCGGCAAAUAGUGAUAAUAUUGUUUUCCUUUGUUCGGUCUGGUGGACAGAGUCUGAAAAUGCACACCUUUGAGACAUCUAUAUAUUUUCUACGGAUGAACACAUCUUGUAUGUUAGGGCGCAAAUUGAAUACAUGUACAUAUAGCCUACAUAUAUUGCAUUGUCUGUGAGAAAACUUAUAUUUACCUGUUUGUACCCAGUUGAUUGUUGUUUGUACAUUUAUAGCAAAUUUAUUAUCAUAUUUUACCAAAUGUACAUAUUGUUAUCGAGAUAAUUUAUUUAUAUAAGAAACGAUGCCAUAUUUAUGUUUGAUCAGGAUGGGUGUAUACUGUUUUAGUGGUGUUUCACAUCCAAUGAACAUUUAGAAGAUAUAAGUGUCGUGACUAUUUUAGUGACAAAGUAAUCAAACACUUCAAUAAAAUGUACUUGAAAUGUGACUGACAGUCAAUGUACUAAAAUAUUUGAACAUGAACGGUAGUCAAACGAAAUUGUAAUGGGGGCGUCCCGCCUGGUCGAGACACAUUGUUUAAAGGUGAUUCGAAGCCGGUAAAUCAUUUUUCACCGCGUAUGAAUAUAUUCGCCUGUCUCAUUUGAAAAAUGUAUCAUUGGGCAUAGCGACAUGACUAUCGCUGUCCUUAUAUGUUGCGGCGAUUAAUACAUAUCAGAAAAUGUGGACAAUUUUUGUUGGUUUCCACAGCAUUCUGCUAAAGUAUCGGGUAGACUUCACGGGUCCCAGAAAUGGUUUAGUUACCAUACUGAUCAUGGAAGUCCGGUGGAGGUGAGGUGAAACUGGGUUUAACGUUUAACGUCGCGUCCAAGAUUAUUGCACUUAUAUAGCAAUGCAUGCACGUGUAUGUGUUUGUGUAGCUGCUUGUACUAGUCC